UACCAAACAACUGCAAUGGCCAAUCACACGGUCAUUGUUGAUAACAACACAUGGAACAACACCCAUAUUGCAACUGUUGGCACUGCCAUGUCUUCACCUGAGAAACCAGCUUGGGAGAUCUUUAAUUCCUUGGAUGUUAAAUAUGUUCUUGUUGUUUUCGGAGGUCUUGUUGGCUACCCAAGUGAUGAUAUCAACAAAUUCCUCUGGAUGGUUCGCAUUGGAGGUGGUGUAUUUCCUCACAUCAAAGAACCUGAUUACCUUAGAGAUGGCCAAUACAGAAUUGAUUCUCAUGCAACUCCAACAAUGCUAAAUUGCCUCAUGUACAAGCUCUCCUAUUACAGGUUUGUGGAGACAGACGGCAAAGGAUUUGAUAGAGUUAGAAGGACAGAAAUUGGAAAGAAGUACUUCAAGCUGACCCAUUUUGAAGAGGUAUUUACAACACAUCAUUGGAUGGUCCGAAUAUAUAAAUUAAAGCCUCCGAAGAACAGGAUCGAGGGAAAACCAAGAAACUUAAAUCAGCAUCCAAAACUUCUACAAGCAGUCAAAGAACAGGUGGGCAAUCCAAGAAAAAUCCAUGGCAAUUAUGAUUUCUCAAGAACUAGAUUAGGGUUUUAGAGGAAUGAAUGAAACUUCGGAGAGGGAUAUGGCGCAUAUAUAUACAUGCUGGAAGUUUUUUUUAUUUUUCGAAAUGACUUCUCAUUGAAGAUUUUGUAGUAGUUUUGUUCUCCUAUUGUAUACUUUUUCCCAAUUAUUAUUGGCAUAACAAAGAAAAAUAUGUGACCAUGCUGCAAAAUUCUAAAUUAGA